AGCCCCGAGAGCCCGCCGGCCGUGCCCUCACCGCCGCGCUGCCCUUCCAGGUACAUCGAGAAGUCGGCCGAGGAGCUGGACGAGGAGGUGGAGUACGACAUGGACGAGGAAGACUACAUCUGGCUGGACAUCAUGAACGAGCGGCGGAAGACAGAGGGCGUGAGCCCCAUUCCCCAGGAGAUCUUCGAGUACCUGAUGGACCGGCUGGACGAGGACGCCGUGUGCUGCAUCUGCAACGACGGGGAGUGCCAGAACAGCAACGUCAUCCUCUUCUGCGACAUGUGCAACCUGGCCGUGCACCAGGAGUGCUACGGCGUGCCCUACAUCCCGGAGGGGCAGUGGCUCUGCCGGCGCUGCCUGCAGUCGCCCUCGCGGGCCGUGGACUGCGCCCUCUGCCCCAACAAGGGGGGCGCCUUCAAGCAGACGGACGACGGGCGCUGGGCACACGUGGUGUGUGCCCUCUGGAUCCCCGAGGUGUGCUUCGCCAACACCGUCUUCCUGGAGCCCAUCGACAGCAUCGAGCACAUCCCGCCCGCGCGCUGGAAGCUGACCUGCUACAUCUGCAAGCAGCGCGGCUCCGGGGCCUGCAUCCAGUGCCACAAGGCCAACUGCUACACCGCCUUCCACGUCACCUGCGCCCAGCAGGCCGGGCUCUACAUGAAGAUGGAGCCCGUCCGCGAGACG